AUGGCAGUCGAAAUCCAUAUCAAGCACGGCGACGAAGCUGCAGAAAAGAAAGACCUUUUGACGGCUAUUAGCCACUACUCUGCUGCUUUAAAAGAAAGCCCCGACGCAUACCUAGCUCUAGUCAAACGAGCAGCCGUGUAUACGAAGCUUUCGAGUUAUGCUGAAGCCAAAAGCGACAUCACCAAGGCGUUCGUUAUUGCCGAAAGACGCGGCAAGAGAUCGGAUAAGGCCACGUGCCACUAUCGACUUGCGCUUGUCAAUUACGCCGAGAAGGACUACGAUGGUGCAGUGGUGAACUUCAAGAAGGCUCAGGAAUACCAAUGCGCCGAGCCAGGAUUGGGCAUCUGGUUGGCAAAGGCCGAGAGGGAGCUCAAGAAGACGGGAAACACCGUGGAGACGGUGGUUACUGCCAAAGUGGACCAAGAACCUCAGCAGAAAUCGACACUGGUCGAUACAAUCAACAAGAAUGCUCCAUUGAAGGUGAAGAUCAGAGAUGACUGGUACCAGAAUAACGACACGGUGACCAUAACCAUAUAUGCGAAGAAUAUAGAUGAGAGCACACUAAGCGUGGAUUUUGCUACUAGAUCGGUUUCGGUAUCGUUCCCUAGUGCAGACAACUCGGAGUAUAACUAUGACUUGGAGCCUUUGUUCGGUACCAUUGACACUGAGAAGUCCACAUUCAAGGUGUAUUCGACCAAACUCGAAAUUACCUUAUACAAAGCCCAGUCGGGCAAGUGGGCCAAAUUGGAGGGCGAUGGAACCACCGAUUCUGCUCCAGUACAAGAACAAUCAUCUGGUGGACUUGCGUAUCCAUCAUCAGCAAAGAAGGCCAUCAAUUGGUCAAGUUUCCAAGUACAAGAAGAAGAAGAUAAGGGUGGGGAUGAUUUUUUUGCGAAGUUGUACAAGGAUGUGGACGACGAUACUAGAAGGGCCAUGAUGAAAUCUUAUGUUGAGUCUAAUGGUACAGUGUUGACAACGAAUUGGGCGGAGGCUAAGGAUAAGACGUUCGAAACAAGUCCACCUGAUGGAAUGGAGGCUCAUAAAUGGGAGCGUUAA